UCGUUUAUAAAUCGGACCGGUCAUCCACUCUUCGCUUAGUUGCGGAUCAUUUGUUGGCGACCCUCGCCUCCUUGCUGGUUCCCCUCAAGAUGUCGUCUUUUAUAUAUCCGAUUUUCUUUGCGAUUCGCAGCGCGCAUUGCGCUCGUCUGCAAUGGUUCCCUGCUGUACUCCUUUAAUCUUUCCUAGUUUAUCACACUAAGUCUCAUCGGGUGGAUUAAAGGCUUCGUAUUCGUACAGGCAGCGCUAAGAUAUAGGAUCAUGAACAAAUAAUGUUUUAAAAGAUCUUAGCUCUCCGCGGGGUAGUAUUCCUAUCUGCUCAGCCAAUGUAGGUACGAUCGUGAGAAGAAAGGACGGCGAAAUGGACGCCACAGGAAAGCAGACACUGUAUAUCGCCAUCGCGACGCUUCUCGUGAUUGGCAUCGCUUGGGUAUGGAAGCUCAACAGCGCGUUGAAACAGACACCACCGGAAGUAUUGGCUGUCUCCCCAUACCGCUGGACAGAGCAAGAGAUUAAAGAUACCUACCGACGCAUUGAGGCCAACCCAAUCGACUGGGUUAAACAACUCCCGCCGCAGCUGAACCGCCGUUACAUUGUCACAGGCGGUUGCGGCGGAGUCGGCGGUCAGAUCGUCAUACACCUACUUGCCCGCGGCCAGUCUCCGGAGAGCAUCCGAAUCAUCGAUUUUCAAAAGCCGGUCCGACCUGAUAUGACAACGGGCCCUGCCGCUCUGGUUGAUUUCGCACAGGCUGACAUCACAUCGCCACCGGCAACGUCCGCGGCAUUUAAUAAGCCAUGGCCCAAGAGUGUUGCCCAUCUUCCACUUACUAUCUUCCACACGGCUGCUAUCAUCCAAGCGUCAGAGCGAUCCCUGAAAACUUAUGAGCGCGUAAAGCGCGUCAAUGUCGACGGUGUGCAAAAUGUCUUAGACGCGUCGAAGCAAGCCGGCGCUGACGUCUUCGUAUCCACGUCAUCCGCCUCGGUCGCCUACAUGCCCGUGAAGUAUUGGCGCAAUCCGUUUCGGCGCUGGCCUGAGAACUAUUGGCAAGUACUCGACGACUCUGAUUUUGACCGACCGUUGCGACCGCACGCGCAAUUCUUCAGCAACUACGCGCACGCAAAGGCGACCGCCGAACGCCUUAUCUCCGAGGCCAAUAACUCCGGUUUCCGCACGGGGCUCGUGCGCCCCGCGAACGGCAUCUAUGGUAGCAGCCACGGCGACCAGAUCAUUGGGCUUUGUUUGAGGACUGGUACGUUCCCGAGUUGGACGAGGAAUAUCAUCCAGAACUUCGUGCACGCCGGAAAUGUGUCGUUGGCGCACUUGCUUUUCGAGGCGGCGCUAUUGAGAGAUGAGAAGAUAAUGCCUAAGUGUGCCGGCCGCGCGUUUACCGUUACGGACGCUGGACCGCCGCCCAUGUACGACGAUGUCUACAGGUUAUUACGAAUCACGGCCACGCUCAACACAGCGCCUAUCAAGGUCGUGUACUUGCAGCCUGGGGUUAUGCUAUUUCUCGCACAUAUCAUUGAGUGGUUUGACCUAGCAAGUCGAACGCCGGUACUCGGAUGGAUAGUACCGCGGCCUAAGGGCGAACUGGCAAAAUUACAGCCGGCCAUUUUCACGGCCUGCUCGCAUCUCUUGGCAUCAAACGAAGGUGCGGGACGAAGCGUCGACGAGGGUGGCAUCGGAUACCGACCUGUUCAUAACACAAUAGAAGGAGUUUGUCAACAAGUUUUAGAGUGGAAUAUUGGGCAUCAGGAUUCAGCGAAACAAUGACCCCAAAGCGGCGCAGAGACUCUUGUAAAAGAGAUUAAAAACGUAGGCGUUAUGCCUACUGCUAUGGGUGCUUGAGCGUAAAGCUAUGUUAUUCUACCAUCUACAAAGCGUUGUUUCAUGAUUGUCUACCUAAUGUAUCUUCUAUAACUAGGACAUUAAAACUCCUUCAUUCCCAAAUGCUCCAUACAGAAGGGCUCAUUCGAACAUACGGAUACUACCGAUCUAGUAACUAAGCACUAUUGAUGAUAGUACAUCGUUCUAUUGAAACUACAUUAUAGUCGUUUUCGAACAACUUGCAUGUUUUCUAACCAGUCG